AUGACUGUUUCCGAUGACACUGCGGUGUUCAUUACUGGAAUCGGACGCACGCUGGUGGAAACCUUUCUACUUCGGCCAAAGCAUACCGUCAUCGGCAGCGUCCGCGACACCACUGCUGGCUACGUCAAGGAGUUGGAGGCCCUACGCAAGGCAGAAGGCUCGCGUCUACAUCUAGUGGAAAUUGAAUGCCGCAACUCAGCCGAUCCGGCGGCGGCCAUCGCAAACCUCGCGGGAGUCGACCACAUCGAUGUGGUAGUGGCCAAUGCAGGCGGAGCUGGCGAGAAUGCCAUGGUGCCCUUGGAUGUGGUGAGCUCUGCGAUCGUGACCGAUACGUUUACUGUGAACACCCUCGGUCCUCUGGCUCUGUACCAGGCUGUCAAACCCUUGCUUGAGAAGUCCCAGGCACCCAAGUGGGUGUCAAUUUCCAGUGCUGCUGGUUCCAUUGGACGGCUUGAGGUCCACAAGGCUCAUAUUGCUCCGGCGUACGGAAUUGCCAAGGCCGCUUUGAACUGGACUACUACUGCCAUCCACAGCGCCAACCAGGGCUUCAUCGCCUUUGCUGUGCAUCCCGGCCUCGUGCAAACGGAGAGCGGCAACGAGAGUGCCCGCACGAUGGGCCUGCCCGAGGCCCCGCACACCCAGCGCCAGAGUAUUGAUGCCAUUCUGGAUUUAAUUGACCAUGCAACUCGGGAGAAGACCUCGGGCAAGUUCUUUGAUGUGAUUGACGGAUCAGAGAUCCCGUGGUAG